AUGGCUGAAGCAAUUCAAACAAUAUUGUCAAUGUCAUUGAACAUCUAUUCAACCUCUCAUUCCAUCACUCGUCUGCCUUCGUUGCCUUUUGGGUGGCCAACGCGCCUUAGAAACUGUCCACCUGAGACUCUUCUUUGGCCCGUACACUCCACUAGACAAUCGAUUAUAUUUAGCAGGCGUGGCCGCAGGUCCGGCUGUAAUGCGGUGGGAUUAGAAGGGAUGUCGACACCGGCCGAUACCACUAAGAAGAAGAAAAGUAGAUAUGAAAUGGAGAAUUUGACGACGUGGUUGUUGAAACAAGAACAGGUAGGUAAUAUUGACGCCGAGCUCACUGUAGUGCUCUCUAGCAUAUCAUUAGCUUGCAAGAAAAUUGCUUCAUUGCUUCAAAGAUCCAGCAUCAUUAACAUUACUGGAGCUCAAGGCACUGUCAAUAUCCAAGGCGAAGAUCAAAAGAAACUCGACGUCAUUUCCAAUGAGUUGUUCUGCAACUGCUUGAGAUCAAGUGGCCGGACGGGGAUUAUAGCAUCGGAGGAAGAGGAUGUGCCGGUUGCAGUUGAAGAGACCUACUCAGGAAAUUACAUUGUAGUUUUUGAUCCAAUUGAUGGCUCUGCCAACAUUGACACUUCUUUGACAACAGGAUCCAUUUUUGGGAUUUACGGCCCUGAUCAGCAAUGCCUUGUCGACUUAGAGGAUGAUUCCAUACUUGAUCAAGCAAAAGAAAAGUGCAUAGUCAGCGUUUGCCAGCCAGGCAGCAACUUAUUGGCUGCAGGGUACUGCCUGUACUCAAGCUCAGUUUUCUUCACCAUCUCCAUAGGAAGCGGAGUUUUGGGGUUCACCCUGGAUCCCGCAUAUGGUGAAUUUGUUUUGACACAUGAAAAUAUCAGGAUUCCAAAGACUGGCAAAAUUUACUCCUUUAACGAAGGAAACUAUGAUUUAUGGGACGAGAAAUUGAAGAAGUACCUAGAUGAUUUAAGAAAGCCCGGUCCAAAUGGCAAGCCAUAUUCGGGCCGUUACAUAGGUUGUCUCGUUGGUGAAAUCCACAGAAUGCUGUUGGUUGGUGGGAUAUACGGAAAUCCCAAGAACAAGAAUGCCAAGAAUGGGAACUUGCGGCUUUUAUAUGAAUGUGCACCAAUGAGUUAUUUGAUAGAACAAGCUGGUGGUAAAGCAAUAGAUGGAUGCCAAAGAAUACUAGAUAUCAAGCCUGAACAGAUUCAUCAGCGCACUCCAAUUUUCAUUGGAAGCCUGGAGGAAAUCGAGAAACUGGAGAAUUAUAUAUCUUAA